AUGCCGAGAGUUCUGCUGAUGCUGAGAAGGCUCGUGGCCAGGCUACUCAGAGAUGUGCUGCUCGAAGAUGAAGUUGCCGAGCUGCUGGUCAAGGAACUUCCCGGAAAGCUGGCCGAAGAGGUUCCAGAGCUGACCGUUGAAGAGCUUCCUAGACUGCCGGUGGACGAGCUAGUGCUACUAGCAGAUGCCGUGCUGCUGGUGUCUGCGGUAGACGAGCUGGAGCUAUUUGUGGUGGGUGUAGCGACGGUGCUUCCACCAGAGUUUGAACUGCUUGAACUUGAGGAAGUAAUACUGUCUGUGCUAGAUGAAGCCGUGUCGGUGCUAGAGGAUGAAGAGCUUGUUGUUGUCGGUGCGUCGGUAGAUGAAGACGAGGUAGAAGAGGAUGUUGUUAGGAUUAAGGUAGUAGAAGAAUCAGUUGAAGUAGAAGAGUCGGUAGAAGUGGGGGAGGUAGAAGAGGGCGUCGUAAGAGUAGGCAUGGUUAAGUAUGAUGAAGAAGACGAAGUUGAAGUGUGA